AUGGCUCAUUCAGUUGUUCAGAAUACUGCUGCAGGCAUUGUGUCAUCGUAUCUUCAUGGUGUGGGUCUUACUCAACCAAUUGCAGUUGGCUCAGGUAUGAGCCGAGGUACGCUGGGCGGAUCGUUGGCGCAUAAAGAGGUGGAUGAGUCCGGUGCUUCAGGUGUAGUUUUUUCAGGUGUUUGUCCUGUCUCCAUUCCUGCUUUGAUUCAGUUGGACCAGUCUGAUAGGGAAUUCUCCUUGGAAGAAGAGCUGGUCCCUGAGUUUGGUUUUUCUCAGGCUAAUGAAAGUGAAUACAGGCGGAUGGCGGAAUUCAUCCAUCUACUUUAUCCGCAGUCAAAGGCUCUGGAGGAAUCUAUUCCGCCAAAUCAGGCGAUGUUUAAGAUGUGUUCAACCAAGCCUUCUGUUCUUCAGACUUCUAGUAAAUUGGUCCAGUUUGGUCGGCUUUUACCUCCUGUGCCAACUGUAGUAAAAGCUAUGUAUAGUGGAGAGGUGCUUAAAGCUGCAUCUCAACAUGUCAAUCAAACUCUGUAUGUUCAUCUUGACCCAUUAGCCCAAGCAAAAACUUUGGGAGCAAAACAGCAGUUAAGUCUUUGCAGCCAUAUUAUUACCUCACUCUACUCUCAGUUCUUCCUCCCCAGUGGUCAUGGAUUAGAUGUGAGAGUCCUCAUGGCUGGGUUUAAGGGUACAAGUGAAGUUCCCUUGAAAACAAAAUGUGAAAUUGAUAUAGUCUUAUUUGAUCGCUUAAGGAAGGCAGUGAAAAAAACUGACAUAGAGAAAAAAAAAAGGUACAAGAGUUUUCUACUUAGAUGUAAGAGUGAAAAGAUAAUCCUUUUUGACAAUCUUGAGGGCUCUGAAUCCCAGCCUCCAGAGAAUGUUGUCAAUGAAGAAGCAAAUAAUGUUUACAGCAAUGUUGUUUUAGGUGGAACAUUUGACUGUAUUCAUGAUGGUCAUAAGAUACUUUUAUCUGAAGCACUUUUAAGGUGCACUAAGAGACUGACCGUAGGAGUAGCAGAUGGUCCCUUACUUAAAAAUAAAACCUUGAAGGAAUUAAUAGAGCCUUGUGAAGUUCGAAUAAACAAUGUUAAGGAUUUACUUAAUGAUUUUAGAUCCAAGUGUAGAGUAGUUAUAGUACAAAUCCUUGAUCCAAUGGGUCCAGCUGGAUGGGAUAAAAGUUUGGAAAUGAUUGUUGUAAGUGAAGAAACAAAGAAGGGCAUAACACUUAUCAAUAAUGCUCGCCAGGAGAGUGGCCUUAACCUAUUGGAUGGAUAUAUCAUUUGUUUGGUUAAUGAUAAAUUUAGAGCAAGUGAUGAAGAGGAAAUGAAAUUAAGUGCCAGUUCUAUGAGAAUGCGAUUACUGGGAACUAUACUGAAGCCAGUUGAAAGCAAUUAUGCAUUAAGCUUCCACAUCCUUAUGUUUAUUGGUCUCACAGGAGGUUCAGCAAGUGGCAAGUCAAGUGUUGCCAAGAGGUUUGCAAAGUUAGGAGCAGGUGUUGUUGACUGUGAUAAACUUGGUCAUGAAGCAUAUUUGAAAGGAUCCAAGUGUUAUAAGGAUUUAAUUGAAGCCUUCGGUAGUGAUGUAGUAGGCAAAGAUGGUCAGAUUGAUCGUAGAGUGCUUGGGUCUAAAGUUUUUAAUGAUAAAAGUGCUCUGGAGCAAUUAAAUAGUAUAGUCUGGCCAGAAAUUGCACGCCUUGCAAAGGAACGCAUAGAUACCUUCUCCAGAGAGGGUAUCAAAGUUGUAAUAUUGGAUGCAGCAGUUCUUUUGGAAGCUGACUGGGACAAGUUUUGCCAUCAGGUCUGGGUGUGCAUCAUUAAAAGGGAUGAGGCAGUUCGUCGCAUAGUUGAACGAGAUGGCAAGUCUACUGAGGAAGCAGAACGGAGAAUUGACAGCCAAAUCUCCAAUGAGAAGCGUGUGUCUUGUGCUAACAUUGUGUUCUGCACCCAGUGGUCUGGAGAUUAUACUCAAAAGCAAUGUGAAAAGGCCUGGAAGAUUCUCCAAGAAAUUAUAUCUAAACAAGAAACAAUUCAUGGGAGAUAAUGUUCCAGCAGUGUUAUAAUUGGUCAAGUGGAUUCAUGUGGCUCUAAAAAUUUCUCUGACAUCUCCAGUGUAAACUGGGUUUGCAGAGGGAGAAACUUCUUGGCUGUUAUGUUUGUAAAUAAGCAUGAGGUUAUGUAGAGUUGUACUAUUGGUUAAAAUAUCUUUAUAUCAGUAACAGUGUCAUUUAUCAGUAUUUAUGGAUUGUUACGUUAGACAUAAAAAAGCAAAAAUGGCCUUCAUGGAUGGAAAUUCACAAUCAUUUAUGAUGACUUCAAAGACUGAAAACAGUGUAAGAAAGCUUGAAAUGAUUGUAAAUAAAAGGCAUCUCUAAUGCAUGAGACCAGGAUAGCCUGUGUAUACCCUGUUGAAAGAGAAUCCCUUACCUCCAAAGUUAUCUUUUGUAUCUAAUCCUUUAAGAAAGUGAUAGGUAUAGUGAUUUUAUACUGUAAGAAAUGUAAAAUAAUUUAUGUUGUAUGAAGAAAAUGAUUUACUUUUUCUAUGGACUGCUUAAGGAGCAAGAGCCUGUCAUUGUAAUGUUGGCCUAAUAUAAAAUAACAAGAAUGAGCACUUUUUUCUCCUUUCUGACCAGAUAAUGAUAUUUUAAUAGCCAUUUUCAACUUUGUUAAAUUUAUUUGAAUAGGUCUCAUUACUUCUAGGAAACUUGGCCAAUAGAUACAUAGCUGAAUAGACAUUUUACCAACAUCCUUCAUUUGUUGAAAAAUUAUUUUCAAUACCUUUAACAUUUAUGUUCUUUGUAUUUAUUUACUGUAUUGGUAAAUUUUUUUUUAUUUUAAGUUUUCAUUAUACUAUGGCCGAAGCUUAAAAGUAUUUUCUAUUAUGUAAAUAUAGGUUUAUUGAAAAUUAACAUUCUCUAAUUAUGAUAUUUGCUUGGCAAGAUGACCAUUCCUUUCAGGCUAGUCCAUAGAAAGGUUCUGUUUGGGGUAUUAUCUGUUUGGGGAGAUUUGUGAAACCCAUAUUGCUACCAUGAUAUCAGUAGGUAAGUAACUGAUAUGUUAUUUUUGUGGAAUAUGCAGUCCACCAUCAGAUAUUUGCUAUGAAUUGCACUGUAUUUAGUUGAAUUAUUCCUGAGAGUCUGUUCAGUAGAGUACUAUGUAGUGUGACUUUCUAGUAUUCAUGUCUGCAAACUAGUAGAUUUUAAGAGUGAAAUUAUAAAGUGUAUUGCAGUAUAAGGUUUCAGAUAAGUGUAGUAGAGCCUUGUAAGUACAAUAUACCUCACUGAACUGAAAGUUUCAACUUAGUUUUUAGGUUAAGACAAUUGUGCCUACCAUUUAUGCAUUUGUAGAAUAUUUUGUACGGCUGUAGUUCAGUUGGUAUUUGUAGUAGAUUGUGAAUUUUUGGGAAAAUACUGUUAGAAGGGUUAUGCACAAGGUGUCACAGAAUAUUGUAGUUUUUUAAUAUAUUUUCAUAUCGUUAUGGAAAUCUGAGUUUACUUAAGCCUUCAUUGAUUAUUUCUACCAAGCCCCAGGAGAGUGCAAGAAUUUCAGUUCAGUCUUUAAUUUGGAAUAGGGAUUAAUGUGUUUGUCAACUUAAUAAAUACACACACACACACAGGGAGUAGCUUUUGUAUUUUGCUCAUUAACACUUAAGAAGUGAAGAAAAAAGUACACAGUACAACAGUAUUGUUGGUUUUUGUUUAGUAACAUCUUGACUAGUCACUGUAUGUUUUCCAAUUUUUUGUAGUGGCUUAAAUUAGUGAUACUGUUAUUGGUAAUGUUUUUGGUCUGUUAUUUUUUAUUUAUUGCUUAGUUUGCAUAACUUCUUUGGUUUUUGUUUCAGAGUACUAUAGGAUUAUGUAUAAAGCUCUUGGCUUUAUUGUGUGGCAGUCCUUCAGAGUUUUUAGAAUUAUGAACCAAAUAAAAGUCUGGAAAUUC